AUCACACUCGCACAGUCUCACCACAGCGAGCGAGAGCAAGGCGCCCAAGCAACCACCGCGAGAACAAGUCGCAGCCAAACAGCCCCGUCUCCCAGCGAAGCUUGAGCUUGCAUUAUUCUACCAUGUCUUCCAUGGAGCUGCUCCACGCCGUCGUCCCGGAGAAGCAGAGCGAGGAGGAGGUCGCGCCCGCAGCGACGACCACGAGCAGCAGCGCCACCGCCACGGGCGGGGACGAGGGCGCCCACGUGCCCCAGGGGUGGGCCAAGAGGAAGCGCUCGCGCCGCCAGCGAUCGGAGGAGGAGAACCUCGCGCUCUGCCUCCUCAUGCUCUCCCGCGGUGGCCACCACCGCGUCCAGGCGCCGCCAACGCCGGUCCCGUCCGCGGCGCCGGCCGCCGCGGAGUUCAGGUGCUCCGUCUGCGGCAAGUCCUUCAGCUCCUACCAGGCGCUGGGGGGCCACAAGACCAGCCACCGGGUCAAGCUGCCGACGCCUCCUCCUCCUCCUACUGCCGCCGCUGUAACUGUCUCGGCAGCAGUGCCCGUCCCGGAGGCCCCCGCCCCGAUCACCGUCGUCGUCCCGCCGCUGCCGCCAGUCGAGGUCGGCCGCGAGCCGGCCACGUCAUCCACCGCCGCGUCCUCCGACGGGGCGGCCUCGAGCAGAGUCCACAGGUGCUCCGUCUGCCACAAGGAGUUCCCGACCGGCCAGGCGCUCGGCGGGCACAAGAGGAAGCACUACGACGGGGGCGUCGGCAGCGCCGCCGCGUCCACCGACGUCCCGGCGGCGCCCGCCGAGACGUCCGCCGAGGUCGGGAGCUCCGCCGCGCGUGCGUUCGACCUCAACCUCCCGGCCGUGCCGGAGUUCGUGUUCCGGUGCGGCAAGCCCGGCAAGAUGUGGGAGGAGGACGAGGAGGUGCAGAGCCCCCUCGCCUUCAAGAAGCCCCGCCUCCUCAUGACCGCGUGAAACCGCUGCGCGCGCGGGCGGCGGAUCUCAUCUCAUCACCCGUCCAAGAUUUUGGUCCGCAGCUGCCGAGUUCAGCGGUGGAAGUGGAACACACUAUUCGUUCAUUCAUUUCGUAUGGUGCCAGUAGCGCUAUUGUUUGAUUUUUGUGGCUGCUCCUCUUGUACAGUACCGAGUGCGAGAAAAGAUGCAUAGUCAUCGUAUACAUACCAAUACAAUACCGUACCUAUAGGUCUUCCUAUUCCUGUGGAAGAGUAGAACUUGUAUCCUUAUUAGCUGUCAGUACACUACAGUUCAUACACACUUGGUUCUCAUUAUCAGAGAUCAUUGGUGAAUUAGUGGUUUUGUAUCAUAAGCUUAUUGUAAAUGAUGGAUUGGAGAUUAGUAUGGAAUCAGAUACCCAUUUGUUC